AGCGUGCCGUGCGCGGCGGCAGCGCGCGGGCCUCUGGGGCGGGACUUCCGGCGUGCCGGAGCGUCUUCCGGCCGAGCGUGUGUGGCCGCCCGGCCUCCCUGACAUGCAGCCCUCUGGACCCCGAGGCUGGACCCUACUGUGACACACCUACCAUGCAGACACUCUUCAGACUCCUCUGGCUUGCUCUGGCCUGCGGCCCUGUUCACCCUACGCUGUCAAAGUCAGAUGCCAAAAAAGCUGCCUCGAAGACACUGCUGGAGAAGAGUCAGUUUUCAGAUAAGCCAGUCCAAGACCGGGGUUUGGUGGUGACAGACCUCAAAGCUGAGGACGUGGUUCUUGAGCAUCGCAGCUACUGCUCGGCCAAGGCCCGGGACAGACACUUUGCUGGAGAUGUACUGGGUUAUGUCACUCCCUGGAACAGCCAUGGCUAUGAUGUCACCAAGGUCUUCGCGAGCAAGUUCACACAGAUCUCGCCCGUCUGGCUGCAGCUGAAGAGGCGUGGCCGUGAGAUGUUUGAGGUCACCGGCCUCCAUGAUGUGGACCAAGGGUGGAUGCGAGCCAUCAGGAAGAAUGCUAAGGGCCUGCACAUAGUGCCUCGGCUUCUGUUUGAGGACUGGACUUACGAUGAUUUCCGGAACGUCUUAGACAGUGAAGAUGAGAUAGAGGAGCUGGGCAAGACCAUGGUCCAGGUGGCAAAGAACCAGCAUUUUGAUGGCUUCGUGGUGGAGGUCUGGAACCAGCUGCUAAGCCAGAAGCGCGUGGGCCUCAUCCACAUGCUCACCCACCUGGCCGAGGCGCUGCACCAGGCCCGGCUGCUGGCCGUUCUGGUCAUUCCGCCCGCCAUCACCCCCGGGACCGACCAGCUGGGCAUGUUCACGCACAAGGAGUUUGAGCAACUGGCCCCCGUGCUAGAUGGUUUCAGCCUCAUGACCUACGACUACUCCACAGCACACCAGCCUGGCCCCAACGCACCGCUGUCCUGGGUUCGAGCCUGCGUCCAAGUCCUGGACCCCAAGUCCAAGUGGCGAAGCAAAAUCCUCCUGGGACUCAACUUCUACGGUAUGGACUACGCAACCUCCAAGGAUUCCCGGGAGCCCAUUGUUGGGGCCAGGUACAUCCAGACACUGAAGGACCACAGGCCCCGGAUGGUGUGGGACAGCCAAGCCUCAGAGCACUUCUUCGAAUACAAGAAGAGCCGCAGUGGGAGACACGUCGUCUUCUACCCAACCCUGAAGUCCCUGCAGGUGCGGCUGGAACUGGCGCGGGAGCUGGGCGUCGGGGUGUCCAUCUGGGAGCUGGGCCAGGGCCUGGACUACUUCUACGACUUGCUCUAGGUGGGCACGGCGGCCCACGGCGGACGGGUUCUUUCCUAAGCCCUGGAGUGAGUGACCGGGUGUCAAAUACAGGCCUACACUCCAUUUGCUGUGA